AACCAGUCGAAAAAGUUGGACGUGAUAAAGAAAAUCAUCAUUUAGUUCCGUAUCGCCACGGCAAAGUUCAAUGCGAAAAAUCAUUUCUCUAAUCUGUGAUCGUUCGUUAACUAUUACUAUAAAGGGAUAAGUGAGAAAAAAUAACUUUCCUUUUAAUAACAGAAUGGGAGAGAGAAAGCAUGCUGUCAAUCAUGAUACCAAAGAAUACGGAACUUUUAACAACAAAGUAGGAAACUAUGAAGAAAAAAGUGAAAAAGCGAAAAUAUUUGACUCGGAGCUUUACACCACGGGCAAUCGAACACCAUGUCGAUUCGAAAUAGACAGAGAUGCCAUGACACAGGUGCUGCUGGACGAAACUUCUCCUCCAUUAAAAGAUUCUGAUUCAUUUCCAGAAAAAGUCCAUUCAGCCUUUAGAAAAAAUGUCAAAGUAUCAUGUGAUUGUGUUGAUCGAUUUAUCAAAGCUGCAUUGCCAAUAGCUAGGUGGCUUCCAGAUUACAGUAUUAAAAAUGACCUCUUUUUAGAUUUUUUAACUGGCGUAACUUUAUUAAUCAUGCAUGUUCCACAAGGCAUGGCUUAUGCUCAGUUGUCAGCUGUAUCACCAGUUUAUGGUUUGUACACCUCAUUUUAUCCGGUUUUAGUCUAUGUUUUAUUAGGAACAUCCAGACAUGUAUCAAUGGGUACAUUUGCCAUUUCAAGUCUUCUGGCUGGUACGGAAGUAGAAUACAUUCAUCAGCAAGAAAUGUUACAAUAUAAGUUACAAAUGGAUUCAUGGAAUUCCAUCGCCAAUGCAACCAAUUCUACUAUAAUGCCAGGCCUAAAUCCUCCCAUAGUUCAUGACAAAAUCCAUAUUGCAAUGAUUCUUACAUUCUGUGUUGGUAUACUUCAGACAGCCAUGGGUUUGUGUAGGCUUGGAUAUUUGACUUCGUUCAUGUCGGAUGAGAUGAUAAGCGCUUUUAUUACUGGUACUGUUGUUCACAUCUUCACCAGCCAACUCAAACCCUUCACAGGAGCAGCUGUCCCAAAGCAUUCUGGACCAUUCAAUGUAAUCAUGACAUGGAUAUCGUUCUUUGAAACCAUCGAUACCAUCAACUAUGUAGUGUUUCUAAUGGCCAUAUGCAGUUUGGUGUUCUUAAUCGUUGUCAAAGAGCUUGUGAAUGGCAUUUUGUUAAAGGACUUUAAAGUUCCAAUUCCUGCCGAGUUAAUUCUGGUAAUUGCUGGUACUCUUAUCUCGAAAUUUAUGUGUUUACAUGAAUGUCAUAAUGUUGAUAUCGUAGGAUUUACACCAACAGGGUUAAAAGCACCAGAUUUGCCACCAUUUGAGUUGGUUCCUAAAAUUUUGACCUCCAGUAUGAUUUUAUCAAUAAUUUGUGCAGCUACAACACUUUCAAUGGUAUUAAUCUAUUCUAAAAAGUAUGAAUACGAGGUGGAUACUAGUCAAGAACUGAUAGCGUAUGGUGUGGGUGGUAUUGUAUCAUCCUUCUUUUAUUGUUUUCCAAGUUGUGGAUCUCUUUCAAGAAGUGCAAUGCAAGAAAGUAGUGGUGGAAAAACACAGCUUUCUAGUUUCGUCUCCUGCAUCUUGAUGCUUGUGGUGUUACUUUUUCUGGGACCACAGUUUGAACCAUUACCAAGCUGUGUUCUUUCUGCUGUGAUUGUCAUGUCGCUUAAGUCCAUGUUGGUAUAUUUCGGAGAUCUUAAAAGAGCUUGGACAGCAUCAAAGUUGGAUGCAUCAGUUUGGGUUGUUACAUUCCUUUCAGUCAUUAUUUUGGACAUGGAUUAUGGAUUGAUUAUUGGAAUUUUAUUUUCUCUCAUCACUGUACUAUUCCGAUCUCAAUAGUAAGUUUUUUUAUCAUAAACAUUUU